GAGUGAAUGUGCUCUAGAAUCCAGUGAUAAUCCAGUUGGAUGCUGGCACAGUGUCUUUGCAGUGGACAGAAAUGAAAUCAGCUGAAUGUCCUGCACUCUGAGCAACAAGCUGAACACGUCCUCUCAUUAUCUCAAACAGAUGUUACUGUACAGAGACUGAAGUCAGCCUGGAAUAACAACGUGGAGCGAGAAAUCCACAACCUUUUACCUCAGACUCUCACUUUAAAUCCACCAUGGUAACGUUAUAUUUAAAGAAAUAUACACUGAAUGAUAUUCUGGUUAAUUACGAGCAUGGUAAAGGCCACAUGGAAAGUGUUAAAGUGGUUUGACUGUAAGUUGCAAAGACAGUGGGUUUAGAAAAAUCACCGAACAUAAAACCACAUACCUGAAGACACACCUCCUCCUGUGAAACUCAUAAUAUACUGAUAUUAUGCUCAACAUGAACCAGUUGUGACCUCGUCUGGCUCUUACUCAAAGCGUGGGACUGUGGAUGAAGAGGUGGCCUCCUACUACUGUGAAAGCACGGUGUGUCGCCGUCUUCACGGUGCACGGGCUGGGCUGUGAUCCAAAGGAAUACACAACAAGGGACGGACAGUGCUGUCCGGUGUGUUACGAAGGUACCGUUGUUAGAAGAGACUGCACACAGCAGUUAGGCACAAAGUGUGGCCCCUGUGAGUAUGGGACGUAUAUGAACCAACCCAAUGGCCUGAAUAAGUGUUUCCCCUGCACAUCCUGUGACCCAGGUCAUGGCCUCUUUGUCCAACAGGAGUGCAGAGCAACACACAACACCGUUUGUGAUGUUUUACCUGGGUAUUUAUGCAAAAGCUUUGCAGAUGAUACAGGAUGUAGUUUGGCAGAGAAACAUAAACUCUGUGCAGCUGGUGAGAGGAUUUUAGAACCUGGAACCAGCAGAACUGAUACGGUGUGUGAACGCUGUAAGCCAGGAUAUUUUUCGCAGGAUGGGGUGAACUGCACAGCGUGGACCAUGUAAGACAUUAUUUAUUAA